AAAUCUAAAGGUCAAUUCAAUUACGUAGCGUACAACAAUGUUGAUUGGUUAAUGAAGCCAAUGUUCAAAUGAGGCGGGUUCUAUGAAAGUACAUGAAAUUGCGGGUACUGUAAAUAGUACAUACUGAUAAAUUAUAGAGAAAAAAAAUGCCUCCACGAAAACGAAGGACGAAACUGACAACACGAGCAAAACCAAAACUUCCACAUGGAGAAGACGAUGAAAUGGAUGGUAAUGAACGCAGGAGCAAAAUGGAACUAUUACUAACAGAUUUUGACUUAGAGGGAAAACAAGUUCGGCUGUCACACCAGCGCAGCAAAUUCGUAGGAAACGCAACCUGCCCAGCAACUGUUGGAACACACCAGCGGUCACUCCGAAAUUUGAUCCAAGAUUACCUGUGACACCAGGAGCAAGGAAGGCACGGAAAGGGGAAAGGUUAAUGUCGAUGACAGGAAGUCCUGUAAUACCAGCAGCUACCGAUAAUCGUUUGUCAAAGGACUUGAAAGAAAAUAUUUUAGCUGUUAAUGAUCAUAUUCAAAAUCUCAACAUCGAAGAUGAUGUAGCCAAAAGAAAUAUUCAAAUGUUACAAGAUAGCUUGGCGAAGAUUUUACACUCAUUUCCAACAGUCAAAUGAAAAUGUAUCCACUGAUUAAAGUCUAAUUAGCUCAGUGCUAAUUUUGUAUACAGUACCUUACAGUAUAUUAAUAUUGCUACGUUGGUCUUUGUGCCAUUACUUUAUUAUCAUAGCAUUUAAACAAUGACAGUUUAAUACAUUAUCUUAGUAUAAGCUGGAAAAACAUGUGACGUCAUGUUAACAAAAAAAAAUGUCGCUACAAAUUCUACCAUUGGCUUGGUUUGUCUUAUAGUUAAUAACUUACGUGAAGGUUAGGAUGUCUCAAUAUUUUUUUUUCUGUAUUAAUUAUAAUUUAGCUUUUCAUUUGAUAUUUAAGUUGUUAAAGAUCAUUAAUCAAAGAUGUGGAUAUAUUUGUGGUGAUUUUUAUGAGAAAGAAUAUGUCGCCAGUGUACAGUAGUUUAAAUGGAUCGUCCUACUAAGCACUGCCUCUAAGAUAUUAGCUUUCGCAAAUGCAGCACGGACGUACUCUGGGACUAAAAGCAAUGAACUGUGACCAUCUUUGAUACGCGUCUGCGGUCUUAUCAUUCGCAGUUUCACAAUUGAAGAACGAACGGUAGUCCGUGACGACGUUAACCUGACACGCGCCCUCUUUUUUAGGUAUCCUAAAGGGCGCUUAUUGGCUGCUUGGUAUCCCUAAAGAGCACUGAUUGGCUGCUUGAGCUAGUCGUUCGUGAUUCUCCACGGACGAUAAAUUGGCCAAAAACAGUUCGUGAUUUUGCCAAGAACGAGAAGCUGCAGGGGUCGUGCAUGCGCAGAUCGAUUUUCGUGUCAGGCUACCGUAAUUGAGUACGUCCGUCGUUGAUGCGAAAGCUCACUUGCUAAAGAACCACAAACGGCAGCUGUGUGUUUUGACGGACAUGCCGAUGCCUGUGUUUCUGGCCUCUAUCUAUAGAAUAGCACAUUCUGAUUGGUCUCUUGUUUGUUUGACACUCCCAAAAUUAACUGAGGGGUUUGGGUAUCAUAAUUAUGUUGUAUUAAAACAUAUGUUCCCAUAGUGUACAUUUGAUAUUAUUAUUAGGAAUGUGCAUUCAGCUAUUGAUGUAAUGUUUUUUUAAAGGUACAUGUAAUUUUAGUUUAUAAAAUAUAUAGACAAAGUUUUCAACUGUGUCAACACAGCAGUCGGUAUUAGGCCAGUACAUUGGCGAUGGGCUGACGAAUCCCUCUCUACUCUGUGAGUGUUUGACCACGUGUUGACAAUCUGACAAUUGUGUGUGGCAAUCUGAUUGGAUCGUCCUUAAAACGAUCUGUUGUGUGUGGCGUUUUUCUCUGGAAUUGUGUGCGGAUGACCAUCGGGCACAUUGUGUGCCCAGCUUCCUGUUAAUCCUGCAACUUGUAAAUAUGAAAUAAAUAUAGUUUUAGCACAACCAACCAAUA